UCCCUUACAAUCAAACGUGGAUUGUGCUUUAUCCUUGGUGAUUGAUUUGAGUUCACCGGAUGCACUGGCCACUCACAGAACUGGUGUGUGUGCAUGCAGCAGUAUGGAUCUGACGAGGCUUCCAAUGGAGAACGACCGCCGCUCUCUUUCAACAUGUCCAGCCCUUUACCCGUGGCUCCUUCGCGGUUAAGGGGGUUCGCUCAGGAGAGGCGAGCACUCCCUCAGUCGAGAGUAAUGGUGGUUUUUUCAACCGCUAGUGAGGCUGAUAAACCAGGCGAUGCAAUGUCUAGUGCAGGCUCUGUGAAGGGUGAUUUCCGAAAGCCAUCCACUCCCGCACCGAACCUAAAUCUGGGCAAGUCUCUCAGCACCACGUUAAACGCAUCGCCAUCUCCAGAGUUUCCUGAGGUAAUUUCUCUCAAUGUGGGUGGCACCUUCUUCACCACCCGUCUGUCCACAUUACGGCGCUAUGAAGACACCAUGCUCGCCGCCAUGUUCAGUGGACGCCAUCACAUCCCACGUGAUGCUGAAGGUCGCUUCUUCAUUGACCGGGAUGGGGCAUAUUUCAGGGACAUCCUGAACUUCCUGCGCGAGGGCGAGCUACCUCAGAGGGAUCAUGUGAGGGCGGUACACAGGGAGGCCCUGUACUAUGCUAUUGGUCCACUGUUAGACAGCUUGGAGGACACUCAGCCACUCACAGGAGAGAAAGUCCGCCAGGCCUUCCUCGACCUCCUGCCCUACUACAAGGAUAAUCUGGAGCGCAUCGUGGAGAUCGCCAAGCUGCGGGCCAUGCAGAGGAAGGCGCGCUUCGCCAAGCUGAAGAUCUGCGUGUACAAGGAGGAGAUGCCCAUCACGCCGUACGAGCGGCCACUCUUCAACUCACUGCGCUUCGAGCGCACGGAGAGCGAGGCCAAACUGUUCGAACACCACUGUGAGGUGGAUGUGUCGUUCGGGCCCUGGGAGGCGGUGGCGGAUGUUUACGACUUGCUCCACUGCAUUGUCAGCGACCUGGCGGAGCGCGGCAUCACUGCCGACCAGCAAUGCAUCGGCGUCUGCGACAAACACCUCAUCAACCACUACUACUGCAAGAGGCCAAUCUACGAGUUCAAGAUCACAUGGUGGUAAAGCAGUGGGAAGACAGAACUCUCUCCCUUCCUGUCUGUCACUGUGUUUUUUGUUGUGAGGUGGACUUGUGUCGUAAUAGGCUGACUGAUCUCCUUCCUGGUCCCUCAGGUUGAGAGAGAAAAAGGGUUGUCAAUGUUAUUCCCCCUUUUCAAGAACUGAAACCUAUGAAGUGCUGAGUCAGACAGUUGUUGUUCUGUUUCCUUAUUGAAUAGUUGUGACCUCUGUUUCUUUUUUUAUAAACGGCAUUAACCUAG